CACUCAUACAUUCUCUCUCUCUCUCUCUCUGACACACACACACACAUACACGCUCCUGGAUUUGCAGAAGACAGACAUCUAGGGCACUUCUUGGCAUCCACAGGAAAAUCAUAUGGGAUUAAAAACCCCCAGCAGAUUUGCUGAAAGCUGCCUCUCGAGGGUUACAAGUUCACCUUUUGCAUUUCCAGCUGCUUGUUUGCUAUCCAUGUGGCAACCUCUGGACAGGCAGUGAUCCAUCCCUUAUCCCCCCUGAUUGAGUGCAGAAGCAGCGCAGUGCUAACUACUUCACUCAGCUGACGGCAGACAACAAAAGGAGGAAAAUGAUGAAUUCGGACAAUUUAACCUCCCAAAGCUUCCUCUCUGCGAUUCACAGCAACACCAGCAAUUUAUUCUCAGGGCUCCAGUUCGUUCAGUCCUUCAAGCCACUCAUCAUCCCCUGCUACUCGCUGGUGGUUUUUAUUGGUGUCAUCGGGAAUUACCUUCUCAUCUAUGUCAUCUGCAAGACAAAAAAAAUGCACAACGUCACCAACUUUCUGGUAGGCAAUCUGGCUUUCUCAGACAUGCUCAUGUGUGCCACCUGUGUGCCCCUGACCCUGGCCUACGCCUUUGAGCCCCGGGGCUGGGUUUACGGGCGCUUCAUGUGCUACUUUGUUUUCCUGAUGCAACCUGUCACGGUGUUUGUGUCAGUGUUCACCCUGACCGUGAUAGCUGUGGACAGGUACUGUGCCACGGUGUACCCCUUCCGCAGGAGGCUCACCAUCCCCAUCUGUGCUUACAUCCUGGCUGCUAUUUGGCUGCUGAGCUGCACUUUGGCUGCCCCAGCCUUGGUGCACACCUACCACGCCGAGUUCCCGGAGCUGGACUUCUCCAUCUGCGAGGAGUUUUGGUUCCACAUGAAGAGAGAUCGCUUGGCUUACGCCUACAGCACCCUCAUCAUCACCUAUGUAUUGCCUCUGGCUGUCAUCUCCCUGUCCUACCUGAGGAUCUCAGUCAAGCUGAAGAACCGUGUAGUCCCAGGCAACGUCACCCAGGGCCAAGCUGAAUGGGACAGAGCCAGGAGGAGAAAGACUUUUCGCUUGCUGGUCUUAGUGGUGGCAGCCUUUGGAGUCUGUUGGCUGCCCCUGCACAUCUUCAACAUGAUAAAGGACAUUGACAUCAGCUUGAUUGACAAGCAGUACUUCAACUUCAUCCAGCUGCUGUGCCACUGGUUUGCAAUGAUGUCUGCUUGUACCAAUGCCUUCCUCUAUGCCUGGCUCCAUGACAGCUUCAGGGGAGAGCUGAAAAAAAUGUUUGCCUGGAGGAAGAAGAAAAUUGGACCCGCUACAAACUGCAUUAUGGCCAGUGUGGUGCUGUAAAUGAGAGCUGGUGGGAGUGCACCUCCUUUGUCCAUGCACGUUGGAAUAUCCAGAAGGAGAUGAUGCCAAAAAUCUCUACACCUACACUUCCUACAAUUCCUACAUUUCCAUGAGGCACAGGAGCCAAGCAGCAGAAGGAGGACUGGAGAGAGAAGCUUGCAGCUUUGAGUGUGGAGCUGGGCUCUGCCUCUCCUGCUGAGCACAGCUCUGGGUCUCCAGAAAACAUGCUGGAAAGGCAGCUGGUGGCUCCCAGCAGCAGGAGUGGUUUCAGUGCUGUGCUUUGUGAGGAGCUGGUGCUGGGGGUGGGCUGGGCAUCUCUCAGCGCAGCUCAGCUCCUCCCCAGCAGCAUCAGCACAAGGUGACCGCUCAGCCCAGGGCAGCUCUGCUCUGAGGAGGAUGAUCAGCUCGAGGUGUUGUCUCUCUUCCUAGAGCUUCCCAGCCACUGGAGAUGUGUUUGUUUUCCUCCACCACACCCACAAGACAGGUGAAAAUGUGAGAGCAAACGACAUGGGAGCCGUGGUGCGCCGUCCCAGGCUGCCACCAGCCACAGAUGAGUUUGUGACCUGCUGUGCUCGGGAGUGGGAAGGAGAAGGAACAGAUUGUGCUGUGAACCAACCCCGUCGUGGGCUCCUGGAGGCAGGGCAGGAAAGAAAGCAAAAAACCAAAUUUCUGCUCUUCAAGCUAUCAAUAAGCAGCCAAAGGGUGAAUCUGUAAUCACCCAGAGGCUGCUCCUGUACCAAUGCAGGAGCCACUCAAUCCUUCUGAGAGCAGGGUCCCUCGCCUGUGGUGUGUCAGCUCAGUGUAUUUGCUUUGUGGUUUUCUUCUUCACUCCCCUCACUCCCUCAGUGCAGCAGGGGCAAGCCAGGCAAAAGCAGGAACAUCCCAUUUCUGUUCAGUCCAGAGGCACAGGAGUUGAGGGCAGAUGCACUUGUGAAAGGGUUUUUUUAAUAAAAAAAAAGAAAGUUUAGGGAUGGAGUUCCAAGGCAAAUGUUCAACCAACCCACUCCUCAGCUACUGGAGGAAACUCUGGAGGAAGUAAAUGACAAAAAUUAUCAUGUACAAGAGCUAGCUAUGAGCUAAAUAACCAAUAUAUAAUACAUAAAAAGUAUUUCAAAUAAAUACAUGACAAAAUUAUCACUCAGCUUUGA